UUUAACCCUUGAUUCUCUUUUUCUCUCUUCUUUCAUAUCCCCUCACAGAGUCACAGCAGCCGGUAGCUCCAGAGAAAAUGGUUUCAGGUUCGGGAAUAUGCGCUCGCAGGGUGGUUGUGGAUGCGCGCCACCACAUGCUUGGCCGGCUGGCUUCCAUUGUGGCAAAGGAACUUCUCAACGGCCAGAAGGUCGUCGUCGUCCGGUGCGAAGAGAUCUGUCUCUCCGGCGGCCUCGUUCGCCAGAAGAUGAAGUACCUUCGCUUCCUCCGAAAGCGAAUGAACACUAAACCAUCUCACGGCCCCAUUCACUUCCGCUCCCCUGCUAAGAUCCUCUGGAGAACGAUUCGAGGAAUGAUUCCUCACAAGACUAAGCGUGGAGCGGCUGCUCUUGCUCGCCUGAAGGCUUACGAGGGAAUUCCUCCUCCCUAUGACAAGAUGAAGAGGAUGGUCAUCCCCGACGCUCUCAAAGUUUUGAGGCUUCAACCCGGACACAAGUACUGUUUGUUGGGUCGCCUUUCUUCGGAAGUUGGAUGGAGCCAUUACGAUACUAUUAAGGAACUUGAGAGAAAGAGAAAGGAGAGGGCCCAGGUGGCAUAUGAGAGGAGGAAGCAACUGACGAAACUGAGGGUUAAAGCUGAGAAGGCAGCGGAGGUGCAGCUGGGUCCCCAGUUAGACAUCCUUUCUCCUGUUAAAUACUGAAGUCUUGGAUUUGUUGAAUAUUUUGGUAGAGAAGUAUUGGAAUUUGAGUUGCUUCUUUUUUUUCUUCGUUUCUACAUUUUGCAGUUAUCCAUAAAGAUACUUUGUUGUUUCAUUAGUUCUCAGUUUUGACACUUGAGAGUUGGGUACUAUCAUCUAUUGUGAUCAACUUUCCAUACCCAAUAUUAACUGCUAUAUUUAGCAUUUUUUCUCUAUAAAUUAGACGGAGAUUGCAGGUUGCUGUUGUCAUA